GAAAGUCACAGCCUCUUGACUUCACCUUUUAUACAAUUUUAAAAGACUUCGACUAUUUUGGGGCAUUGAGGUGAAUUGCUGAACAUCCCAACGUCCCAACGUCCUCCUUCAACUUCAUUGAUUUUCCAAGGGGAGGGUGCCGCUCCUGCCUCGUUGACAAAGUAAGCCGGCGUAUAAAUACAGAACGACAGAACUCAUUCCCUCACCACACCAUCUAUUCACAAGCACCAUUCACUAUGGACAUGAUAGUGACCUCGUCCCGCAGAAGGGGUCUGGAGACACGGACUAUCCGCCAGCCGUCCUCCACUAUGCGCUCGUGGGCUAAAACCAGCCCCCUGUCUUUCAAAAGAUCCACAAAUGUGGCCGCAUCCAGGGCUGCCUACAGCCCCGCCGUGCUCGCGUCUCCGGAAGGCUUCGAGCUGAGCGCAGCGCUCAAUGGAGACCCGGUGCGCAGUAACGAGAAGGAGCAGCUCCAGGGGCUCAACGACCGCUUCGCCAGCUACAUCGACAAGGUUCGCUUCCUCGAGGACCAAAACAAGCAGCUGGAGGCUGAGAUCCAAGCGCUAAAGCAGCAGAACCUGUCGCAGUCCCUGCAAAGCGAUGCGUACGACCGCGAGCUCCAAGACUUGCGCUGCGCCCUGGAGCAGCUCCACAAGGAGAAGGCGCAGAUGAUGCUCGACACAGACCACAUGGAUGAGGAUCUGCAGCGGAUCCGAGAGCGCUACGAAGAUGAAGCCAGGCUCAGAGAGCACAUGGAGGCUGCGAUCCGGGGCAUGAAGAAAGACAAGGACGACUCGCUUCUGAUGAAGCUGGAGUUGGAAAGGAAAGUCCAGGCGCUGGUGGACGAAAUGGACUUCUUGCGGCAGAACCACGAGGAGGAGAUCAGCGAGCUUCUGGCUCAGCUUCAAGCCGCGCAGGUGCCGGUGGUGGAGAUGAGGGACCUCCAGAAGACCGACAUCACCUCCGCGCUCCGGGAGAUCCGCGCACAACUGGACGGGCUCUCCUCCAAGAACCUCCAGCAGGCUGAAGAGGUGUUCAAGUGCCGCUAUGCCAUGCUGACGGACGCCGCGGAACACAACAAGGAUGCUAUAAAGUCCAUACGGGACGAGAUCGCAGACUACCGCCGUCAGAUCCAAGCCAAGAACAUUGAACUCGAGGCUCUUCGUGGCACCAAAGAUUCAUUGGAAAGGCAGCUGCAUGAUAUCGAAGACCGCCACAACACCGACGUUGGCAGUUAUCAGGAAAUGAUUCACCAGUUGGAAAAUGAUCUGAAGGGAACAAAAUGGGAAAUGGCUCGUCAUCUUCGGGAAUAUCAGGAUCUGCUUAAUGUCAAGAUGGCACUUGAUGCUGAAAUAGCUGCUUACAGGAAACUCCUGGAGGGCGAGGAGACGCGCUUCCGUACCGUCUCUGGAAGUAUUUCAGGCCCUGUGUUUGCCUACAGCCAGCCUAAAACCUCUAAGGUCAAGCAUAAAAUAGUGGAGGAGAUCAUUGAAGAGACCAAAGGAGAGAGCGACCUCGAUGAUGAUCUGGCAGAGGUUGCUAAAGAAGUAGCAGAAGAAGCUGCUGAGGGUGAGGAGGAGGAAAAGGAAGAAGAGGAGGAAAAGGAAGAAGAGAUCGUUGCCGCAAGUCAGGCCGAAGUGACUUCUGCUGCUCCUGAGGCCGAAGAAGAGGAAGAGGCAGAGGCAGAAGGAGGAGAUGAGGAAGAAACUGCUGAAGAGGGAGAAGAGGGAGAAGCCGCUGAGGAGGAGGAGAAAGAAGGAGAAGAGGAAGCAGAAGAGGGAGGAGAAGCGGAAGAAGCCGAGGAGGAAGAGGAACAACGAGUGGAAGUGAUUGAGGAGACAGAACUGAGCGGUGAAAAAUCUCCAACAGCCGAGAAAGAAGGCAGUGAGAAAGAAGAAAGUGAGAAAGAAGGAAGUGAGAAAGACGGCAGUGAGAAAGACGCAGAGGUAAAGGAAGAGAAGGAGGAGGAAGGUGGUGAAGAACAAGAGGCGGAAAGCAAAGAAGAAACCAAAGAUGAUGAGGAGGAGAAAGAAGAAGCUGAUGAAAAAGCCGACGAGAAAGAGGAGACCAAAUCCGAAGGAGAUGAAGAAAAGAAAGACGAGUCUGGAGGAGAGGAAACUAAGGCUGAAUCAGAGAAGAGCGACAAAAAGAGCGAUUCAGAAGACGAGAAGAAAUCACCAGAAAAGGAAAAACCAGAAAGCCCAGUAGAAGAAAAGCAGGAAGAAAAAGAAGACGAAAAAGAAGAAGAAGUUGUUCCCAACGGAGACCAGAAGAGCCCGGCCAAAGAAGAAGCCAGUCCGAAAGAAGAGGUCCAAACCAGAACAGUGGAAACCAUCACCAAUGGAGACAAGGAGAGCAAACCUGACACAGAUAAAGAGAAGAAACCAGAGGAAAAGCCUCAGGAGAAAAAGAAAGUCACUAAGAAGGUGGAGAAGGUCAGUCCACAAGCAAAGGAAAUCAAAGGAAAAGACUGAUGCAAAUGACUUUGGCAGGGAAUUAGUUAUAACCAAUUGUUAGAAAUAAUUCUAUUUGAUGCAAAUGGCGUUUGAUUCAGCUAGCAAAAAUUAUUGCAUGCGUGGUAAUGAUUGACUUGCAUGUGUGGUCUGGAGGGACGUACAGUACUGAGCCAUGCUGAGCCGUCGCGUCUGAAACAGAAACUAUUGCGCCUUCGAAUUAAAGUGCAAGUACAUUUAUGCUGCUAAUGAUGAGAGAUUUACAGUCAUGUCAAGUUCUUCAGCAGUUGUUUGGCAAUAAUGGUGCUAUAAUAUCAUCAUUCGCAGGCGCAAACUGAGCUGAAACUCCAUUUCAUUAUUUAAAAUUAUAUGAUGUCUUUCUAGUAUACUUCUUGCCUUAAGACAUAAUGCACUGAAUCAAUGACAAGACUCGGUUUGUUAACAUGAAACACAAGAGCUGUUAACAAUGAUACUGUGAAAGCUAAAGGUGCUGCUCUUUGCAAUCUCACCUCAAUCAAUAAAAGCUCAUCAAAUCCUUACAAAACUCCCAGUGU